AUGGUUUACUGCGGUAAGCCGAGUGGGGCCUGCCAGACCUGCAAAAACCGUCGAAUCAAGUGCGAUGAGGCUCGUCCAGCAUGCAGCCAGUGCCGCAAAUCGAAGCGACAAUGCCCCGGCUAUAAGAGCUCGACCGACUUAAUCUUUCGCGACGAGACACAAGCAACCGAGCGCCGGGCUCAACUCCGUUUAGCUUCGACGAAUGCUCGUCGCCCUUUACCUGGUGCCAAGCCCUCCGCCCAAGGGUCCGUUAGAGAUCCCGCAGCGCCACAAUCCUCCAGUGCCGGCUCCCUCUUUGAUGACGCCGGGACCAGCUCCGGAGAAAGUUCGACCAAUCAGACCUCGCUUGUCGCCGCUAGGGAUAGACAUUGGUCUUCCCCUUCCUCGAAUUCCUCAGCCUCGUCUUCAUCCUCAUCAUGGUGGACGGCUGCUGAUGCCUUUUCCGUGCUCUACCAAGUGCCCGGUCAACCUGCAGAGCACCAAGCUUUGACUUUUUUCUUUUCUUCAUGCAUCCUUCCCACGACCAUUCGCGAACGGGAGGCCGAUCGAGGCUUUCUGCAGCAUGUUUUACCCGUGUAUAACCAAGUCUCCACCGGUUCGGCCCUGUCGCUGGCUACGGCAGCCACCGCCUUUGCCGUCCUCGGCAAUCGUCCCGGUCAACGAGGUCUUGCACGAGAAGCUCGAGUGCGAUAUGGCGAAGCCUUGGCCUUGGUGAACCAAGCCAUUCGUGAUCCUGUCCAAGCAAAGUCGGACGCUCUUCUGCUUUGUGUCCUACUCUUUGGCCUUUACGAGGCGACCACAUGCACUUCACAAUCUAUCACCUCGUUCGACCACCACCUCGAUGGAGCUGUGGCUCUCAUCAAGUAUCGAGGAAAGGAGCAAACAAAGAACCCCCACUCAUUGAAACUCUUCCUCUACAUUCGAGAGCAAAUGCUGGCAAAUUGCAUACAAAAGGCGAAACCUCUAGACGACUUCCCUUUUGACUGGGGCGAAUAUCCGCCCGAGGCCAACGUCUCCAAUGAGCUGACUGCUAUCGCCCGGAACAUUCCCAACCUGCGAAUCCAAGCAAACGGUUUACUCUCUGAAAUUCGAACUCCCCAGGUAGUUGCACGAGUACGUGAACUGCUGUCGGCUGCCCAGGCACUAGAUGCCGAAAUCGCUUUCUGGGCAGACUCCCUCCCACCAGAGUGGUGCUAUCAUACAGUGCUGCGAGUCAAGGAGCCGCCCGAAGACACAGAAGAUGCCGAAGUGUACGCCGGCGACGUUGACGCAUACCCAGACGUGUGGGUCGCAAACUUUUGGAAUUCUUAUCGCUGCCAUCGUAUCUUCAUCCUCGAAGUAAAAUUGCGGUGUCUCAUGUGGCUUGCCGCACCAAACAAACCUUCGCCCAUGACAUUUCCAGACAUAGUUCCAACCCUUAAAUACGCCUCGCAGAUGGUUCAAGGCAUCUGCUCGAGCGUACCCUACUGUCUGCGCAAUGGGCCAUUUACUCCCUUUAUCCAAGAGCAACAAAGCCAACACUAUCUGCAUCACUACCAGCGAUACAACGUAACCGAGCUCAACGCGGAGGCUCUCAAUGCUGAUACCCAGACCUCCGACAGCAACGACGACGAAAGCUUCACCAAAGACACAUCAACCGUUCCACCGCCUCCACCUAAUACCACCAGCGCAUAUCUCCUUUUGCGCCCACUCUUCAUCGCCGUCCGCCUACCCUGGGUACCGGAACAACAGGCGCAAUGGAUGCGCGGCCGCAUGCGAUAUAUUGCACGCACUUUUGGCGCUAACUUUGCGGAAUUGCCCACCAUAAGUCGCAACUUUUUAUUUACUGGACGGCGCGUGUUCAAGCAGGAAACGCCGCGGCAGGAGAUGCCCCCAGAGAAGAAAUCCUCGGCUGGGUCGUCGCCUGCUUCGUCGGGCUCUUCCACUUCUUCCCCGCCUGCAUCCACAGACUGGGUUUCUGUCGCCGCUGCGGGCAAGAAAUUGGCGGCCGGAUCGGCCGGUGGUGGGCCACCAUACGGAGUUGCAGUGCAGUUGCCCGUUGCGAGGGCUGCUCGCUGA